CUGUCGGCGCUGUCGUGCGCGCAGCGAUGCGGCGGCGCGGCGGGGACGGCGACAGCGGCGACAGCGGCGACAUUGGCCGGGCGGAGGGCAGGCUCGGCGUGGCCCGGCACGGGCGGUGUGACUCGCAGCGCCCAGCCCUGGCACGUUCCCUGCCCUUCCUGCCUCCCGGCGCCCCGUGCGAGGGCGUGGGGACCACAUCAGAGCCUGUGUCACCCUUUGUCACGGUGGGGCUGCUCAGACGCCUCGGCUCCAUCCCCAAGAGUGGCACAACACCGAUGCCCCGGCGCUCGUGGCUGCCAUGGCUGAGCACCCUCCUGCUGGCCCCGCUCCUCUCCUGCGCCGCCGUGCCCUUCCUCAUCCGCCUCUUCCCCAGCCUGCUCACCAAAUUCGUCUACCUGAACUUCCUGGCCUUCCCUUUCUUCGUGGAUUUUCGGCGGCCGGAGCUGCUGGUGAGCAACACCAUCAACCUGUACCUCACCACCGAGCCGGGCGUCACAGUUGGCAUCUGGCACACGGUGCCAAGCAGCAAAGGGGCCGAGGCGCAGGGCAAGGACCAGCGCUGGUACGAGGAGGCUCUUGCUGAUGCUCACCCCGUGAUCAUCUACCUGCACGGCAAUGGGGGCACCAGGGCUGCGAGUCACCGCAUCCAGUUCUUGAAGACGAUGGGGGCUGCUGACUUCCACAUCCUGGCUCUCGACUACAGAGGCUAUGGGGACUCCACUGGACGCCCCUCAGAGAGUGGCUUCACCACAGACGUCCUGGCACUCUACGACUGGGUGAAAGCGCGGAGUGGCAACAGCAGCAUCCUCUUCUGGGGACAUUCCCUGGGGACAGGGAUUGCCACCAACGCAGCGAGGAAGCUGCAGGAGGAGCGAGGGGUCCAGGUUGAUGCUGUUGUCCUGGAGUCUCCCUACACCAACAUCCGAGAUGCGGCCGCCAACAUCCCCAUCACCAAGAUCUACCGGCAGCUCCCGGGUUUUGAGUACCUCAUCCUGGACUCCAUGGCUCGGGCAGGAAUGUUCUUCUGCAGUGAUGAGAACGUGAAGGUGCUGGACUGCCCCCUCCUCAUCCUGCACGCAGAAGAUGAUGGAGUCCUGCCUCCAAAGCUGGGACACAAGCUCUACGAGACGGCACUCGAAGCCUACAAGGACAAAUCCAAGGUGAAGUUCAUUACCUUUCCCCCAGAGCUGGGCUUGGGCCACGACUACAUCUCCUUCAACCCGGAGCUGCCUGCCCUGGUGAAAGACUUCUUAAACAUGAAGUGAUGCCAGUUGCUGCCUGCACUGAUCCCAUGCUCCCUCAAAUCCACUCCAGGACCUCCCCCCCGCCCCGUGGCACUGAACUUACUGCUGUAAGUAAUAAAAACUACAGAGAAACUUUUAAGUCA